AUGAAGUAUGAAGACAUGUGGUCUAGUAGAGGACGUCACGAUCAUUGUAGAAGGUAUAGAGAGAUGUUUGAACAAACUCAAGAAUGUUAUUAAUAUAAAGAAUCUUGGACGUAGUGGUGUAUUGGGUGAUAACUUCGAUGACAAAGUGAGUAACCACAGUGAUGACCCUAGAAUAAUCACAGAGGAGGUAGACUUAACUCACAUGAGUGUAGUUAUCGACAAAAAUGAUGUAAUAGCGAUGGUCUGAGAUAAAAGAAGUACGAGAUGAAUCUUAUAUAUCAGAAUAGAGAAAGUCAAAGAGAGCGAAAGAAGAGAUGCCAUCACAACUAGGAUAAAAAGUAUAGUGAUAUUUGUCUAGUUAACAAGAUUCACAGAUAAACUUAGAAAGAGAAAGUUAUGAUAAGAUUUUUUGUAAUUUAGAGAAAUAAAGAUGGCUUAAAUGACGAUGUCACAAAAUAGAAGAAGUUGUUGUAGAGACAACAAAAAGAGUCCAAAUGCCAGAUGAGAGUUCGUCAUAAAUGAGUUCAUAAAACCUCGUUUAUUUUCACAGCUCAAAGCAAUCCUCUAUCUGAUAUGUAAAUCCUUGAAAGUACAGAGAAAGAAUGUGAUUAUAUAAAAGUGGGUAUGAGUAAUAAUACUUACGCAAAGAAAGUUAGUAGAAAAAUCAAGAAUGUAGAAAACUUGGGUGAGGUGAAGGAAUGAAAAAAUCAAGGUGGCACCUGACUUUUGACCAAAUAGGUUUGGCCAUCGACAAUAAUGAUAGGGGGAUGGGUCAAGGUAAGUUAAUAGGAGGAGAUAAUAGUAGAGAUACUAGUCAUAUGAGUUGAUGUCUCUGAAUUAAUAAUCCACGACAUCAAAGAGGAAGCAAGGAGAGCAUGUGUAAUUGGCGUAAAGGAGACCAGAAGCAAGGCGAGAUUGACAGGCAUAAAAGCAUUGAUACCAUUAGUACAAUAAAUGAUUCAUACUCCACAGACGUCAAAGUCACGUGGAAGGUAGGAGUUAGAAUAUGAGAUUGAGUAGGAGACGUUAGAGUUGGAAAAGUUAUUGCCAACUAUGUGAAAGUAGACUUGUCGAACUACUUCUAACGCUUAGUAGUUAGAUGAUUCUACUUCUCACAGUAGAGACAUGAAAAAUAUUUUGCCCACGUCUACAAAGAAUAUGACCACCGUUAGAGCAGGAAAGAAAGGUAUCAUUUCGAGCUCAUAGAGCAACAACAACAAGAGCUGAAGGAGUAGAGGUGACAAUUGAAGAAGAUGAAGAGGACCAGAUGGAGAUACUAGUGGUGACCCGAAAGACUAUCGAGAAGAUGGAGGCGAGAUCAGGCACGCAAUCUUUAGAGAGAACUACCCCUUGGAUUUGGGAUGUGAUGGAUAGAUGAAUUCUACUAAGAUAAACUCUAGCAUAAAACUCCUAAUGAUAGUGUUAGAAGGCCAAGAGGUCGAUAGUAAGGAGCUGAUAGAUAUCAACCUCCUAGAUGAGGGCAUGGAGGCAAUCAUAGUGGGCCUAAAGAGAGAAAUCGACUUAUUUGCAGAAGAGAAGAGUCAUGAAGAUCUCCACAACUCAAUCGAUAUUCGUCCGAUUGAGUUGAGGUGA